GAAUUAAAUUCCUUUGAUCUUCUCCAUUUUCCUUACCUAUUUCGGUGAUGGAAGAUACUAUUAGACAUAGUUGUACUAGUAAAGGUUUUGCGCAGUCAGAGGAUCCGAGACGGCGCCAGAAGAGACUGGAAGCAUAUAACGAAGUUCUCUGGCGACUCAGAGACUUGAAGAAGGUUGCCGAAGCAUCAGUUCCUGGCUUCGAGGAUGAACUCCGGACUCAUUUCAUGAGGCUUUGUCUUAGGUACGCUCUUGGUUUAGACGUGGAGAGAGCAGAAGAUGUUCUUAUGCACAAGAGAUUGCUUAAAGAGGCUGAGAAUCCUGCUACUACUAGCCCAGUGAUUGAGGUCCGGCUUGUGGAGAUGCAAUCCUGUGAUAUUUCUUUUCUGCAGAUUCAUGCUGCUUCUGAUGGAAGCCGAGGUCAAAAAGUUAAAUGUGAAUGUCCCUGUGCUUCCAGGGAAGAGAGGCUGAGGCAUGAGGUCACAAUUGCAACAAAGGACAAGCUAAAACUUUUUUCUCGGUUGACGAAUGUGCUGGAUGAGGUUGGACUGCUCUACCAUGAAGUGCAUGCUUUCACCACAACUGAUGGUUACUUUUUGGGUGUGUUUUGUGGUGAUUGUCGAUCCUAUGAGGGGGUCGAGCAGCUCAAACAUGUGCUGGUAGCUGAGAUGUCAAAACUCAAAAGUUGAGGUAGGACUUACCUGCCAUUUCUUUGCUGAAACUACAAUUGUCAAAACUAAUUGAUCUUUUGUCCUGCUUAGCGCGUCUUUGUUUUUUCCCCUUUUAUUGUUCCAACAUUUUGUCAGGCAAUAUUUUUCUUCUGCAUAUCCUUGAUUGAAAUAACAUGCCAGACAACCUGUUGGAGACCACAGUACAAUCAAGAGCUGUUUGUAGU